AUGUCUGAAGAAUCUAUAUCAAAAUUCACAGAAAGGAUAACUGAAGGCAUAAACACGCUAAAAACUGAGAUGAGAGAACUUCGAAAAAGUAUCCAGGGGUUUGAUUACGAAUUAAACGUAAUCUCUUCAAAAGAUAUUGAUAUAGCAUUUCUUCCAAAUAUACCAAAUCAAAUGGCUAAAGAGAUCGAAACAGAUUUUUCUUACCAAAAUCAGCGACAAGAAGGAGUUUUUGAGUUUCUUAAAAAGCAAAUCAAAACUAUGACAUUAGAAAAUUCUGAGCUAGAGCAAAAAUGUGCAAGCAUGAACUCACAGCUCGAUAUCUUAAAAGAAAAAAUCGGGAAAAAGAGAUUAAAUAGUUUUGCAUCAUAA